ACACUUAUAUAGCGAAGACUGUGGUGUGGUCUUUGUUGUUCUGCUCCAAAUACAGCUGCUCCGUCUUUGCUUGUGCAGGCGGUCUGCGUAGUUUGCGUGGAUAUUUGGUUUGUUUACACUUUCUAGUGACGGUCUAUAUCUGGCCUUGAUUCUGCAAACAUGAGCUACACACCAGCGCGAGAUAGUCCCGGAAACUCCAUCAAAGUUGUCGCGCGAUUCAGGCCACCAAAUGCGACAGAAAUUCAGCACAAUGGCGAGUCUAUCGUGCAGUUUAUUGCAAAUGAUACUUGUGCGAUAGAGAACAGCACAUUCACAUUCGACCGAGUCUUUGGGGUCGACAGCAAACAGGCAGAGCUCUUUGAUUACAGUAUAAAGUCCACUGUUGACGACAUCCUCCACGGCUACAAUGGAACAGUCUUUGCAUACGGUCAGACUGGCUCUGGCAAAUCAUAUUCAAUGAUGGGCCCGGAUAUCGAUGGUCCACAUCGAGGUAUUAUCCCGCGCAUCGUCGAACAGAUUUUUGCCUCUAUACUAGAGAGUCCAGCAGAAAUUGAGUAUACUGUGCGCGUGAGCUAUAUGGAGAUCUACAUGGAACGCAUCAAGGAUCUGCUACAGCCAAUAAAUGAUAAUCUCCCAAUUCACGAAGACAAAUCCAAAGGUAUCUACGUCAAGGGUUUGAGUGAAAUCUAUGUUUCGAGUGUCGACGAAGUCUACGAUGUCAUGCGUCAAGGUGCGACGGCACGUGCGGUCGCCUCAACAAAUAUGAACCAAGAAUCUUCGCGCUCGCAUUCGAUCUUUGCAUUAGCAGUCACCCAGAAGAACGUGGAGACUGGAAGCUCAAAGUCUGGACAGCUGUUUCUGGUCGAUCUCGCAGGUUCCGAGAAAGUAGGCAAAACAGGUGCCUCAGGACAAGUACUCGAGGAAGCAAAGAAAAUCAACAAGUCGCUUUCUGCUCUCGGAAACGUCAUCAAUGCGCUUACAGACGGAAAAUCUACUCAUGUACCCUACCGUGACUCCAAACUGACGAGAAUCCUGCAAGAAUCUUUGGGUGGAAAUUCCCGCACGACAUUAAUUGUCAAUUGCUCGCCCUCAAUAUACAACAUGCAGGAGACGUUGUCGACCCUGAAAUUUGGUAUGCGGGCAAAGACGAUCAAGAACAGACCGAAAAUUAAUGCCGAGCUUUCGCCGACAGAGCUCAAGAUGCAGCUGAAGAAGGUCGUGCAUCAGAACGCGUCUUUAUCUGAGUAUGCUGCUGCUUUAGAGAAAGAAGUACAAGCAUGGAGAGCCGGCGAGCAAGUUCCUCAGGAGAGCUGGGCGUCCAAAGAGAGAUCACGGAGUAGUCUGAGCAACAGCAGCGGUAACAGUAGCGGAAUCGACAUCAGUGUCCCAAGCACACCACGGCCACGGUCACAAAUCUCGGCGGAAACACCUGCGAGGCCAACAUCAGCGGAUGACACAGUUGAGGAAUACAUGCGGCGAGAGAACGAGAUGCAGGAUAGGUUGAGUGAUCGAGAGACUGCGAUCGAUGCACUGGAACGAAUGAUUAAAGAACUGAAUGCCGAAAACCUGACGUUGACCGAGCGCGAGGCGGCGCUGGUACAGGAGAACGAAAAGUUCCAGGACGACAUGAUGAAGCUGAAGCAGGAUCUCGAAAAGCUACAGUUCGAAUCUAGGGAAGCAGUGAUUGCGAUGGAGAGCCUGAAGGAGCUGAACGCAGAGACGACUGCCGAUCUGGAUAACGCGCGGAAACAGCUGUACGAGCUCGAGCUGCAGAACCAGGAGAAGAUCCGCAAGGCCGAAGAGCGAGAUCGUCGAAAGCGCGAAAAGAUGCGGGAGAUGGCCAGCGGGUUUGAGUUUUUCACUUUGGAUGACAAAACCGCUGCUGAUGAGAAUGGUGCGGAGGGAGAAUAUGCUGGUGAGAAAAGAGAUUGGAUCGGUGAAGCGCUCGCGUUGAUUGAUAACGGCACAGAACAGUUUAGUGAGUCGCAACGGCUUUCGCUGAAAAUGUAUCUUCUUGAAUGCCGAGAGUUCAUAUCGCGCGCUGAGCAAGUACUAGAUGCUCGGAUGGAUGAGAUGGAAGACCAGGUGUCAAGACGUGAGGAGAUUGAUGUCAAGCUGAAGGAGCUGGAUGAGUCUGUGAGACGCUUUGUUGAGAGUGAUCCAACAAAUCUCGCAUGCCUGAAUGAGUACAUCUCGCUGAAGCAGAGCUUGUUGGAGAGUCAACUUUUGAAUGCGAAGCGCGAUCUCGGGUUGUCGAUUAGCGACAACAAACGGUUACGCAAGAUCAUUGCCAGUGGCGAGCGUGAGCAGAAGCAGUCGACUGCAGCGGCCGAGCCUACAAAUGGUAGCGAACGGCUUUCGUCAGCGUCGUCGUCUAGUGGCUCUUCGUUAUCGACCUCGUCGGCCACUGGGGGGACGCCGAUUACUCCUACGACUACAGCUCAGACUAACUCUGCACCAGAAGUCUCUCCCAUGUCAUCCCUUCCCUCGUCGCCAUCAAAGUCAGCGGCUAGAUUCCAGGUGAUGAAGCAGCAGCUGAACGACUUUGAGACGGUGAAGCGCUCGCUGAUGCGCGAUCUACAAAAUCGCUGCGAGCGGGUUGUCGAGCUCGAGAUCCAGCUUGACGAACUACAAGAGCAAAACACGAUGAUGACGAAAAACACGUCUGCUAGUAAAGGACAGUUGAAGCGGAUGGCUUUUCUGGAGCGGAACUUGGAGCAACUUACGCAGGUGCAGCGGGCGCUGGUAGACCAGAACGCGCAGUUGAAGCGGGAGGUAGCGGUGAACGAGCGCAAGCUGCGGGUGCGCAACGAGAAGAUCUCGGCGCUGGAGCAGAGCCUGUCGGCCACUCAGGAGCGAUUGGCAGCCGAGACUCUGUCGUUUGAGAAGAAGAUGUCGCAGCUUGUGGAUCGCUAUGAGGACGCGAAACUGUUCAGAAGACAGGCUGAGGGGCUUGGAAGUAGUCCGAUCACAGGAAGUGGCGGCCAGGGUGGGUUUGGAAAUCAGCGGAUCGUCAAGCCGCUUCGUGGAGGCGGGGGUGGGAAUGGGCUGGGAAGUAGUCCGUUGACAGCGUACAUGCGAGGCGGCUCGUCGCCCGAGAAUAAUCGGCUAGAUUCCUCGCCUGGACAUUAUCAAUCGUCGCCGUCGGCAUCGAAACGAACGAGCUGGUUUUCAAGGAAUUGAGAGAAUCUGACUACGGAUUUGGGCUUUCAAAAAAUGAUGAUGAUGAUGAUGAUGUUUAUGGGUUCGAGUCAUAGCUAUUCGGGUGUUUUUGUACUUUGCU